AAAGAGUCGGUUCGAUGAAUUGAUUCGUAAAAUCACAUAAAAACACGGUAAUGAGGAAGUGAAAGUGUUUCUAAACAACUCGACGUUCACAAAAAAACAAUAACAUUUGGUCUAAAAUAUAAUCUUAGAAGAAAGAGGAAAAGACAGAGAAUUUCAUCAUUAAUACAGAAUCUCUGAAGGAGCUGAUGGAGAGAUACAGAGACAGACACCACAUCUUCAACAACAAGAUAAACAGUGACCAAGCUGAAGACCUUCUGAACAUAGUUGUCAAGAAAUAUAUAAAUAAAUUUGCAUCACAUCUGAAGAGACCAACACCACUGACCAGAAGGAUUGUGCUGUUAGGGAAAACUGGAUGGGGGAAGAGCGCUACAGGAAACACCAUCCUGGGAGAGGAGAAAUUCAGAUCUGAACUCAGAAUGAAGUCUAUAACCAGAAAGACUGAAGCUCAUCAUGGCCUUGCUGUGGACAGGAACGUGUGUGUGGUCGAUACUCCAGGUCUCUUUGACACAUCUGCUGAUCUUGUAGAAACAGCUUGUGAGAUAGGGAAGAGUAUCUAUUUGUCCAGUCCAGGACCUCACGCUUUCCUCAUUGUUCUGCCACUGAAUAUAAGGUUCACAGAACAGGAAAAACACAUUAUUCAGCAAAUUGAAAAGUUAUUUGGAGAUGAAAUGAGGAAAUAUGCAAUGGUUCUCUUCACCCAUGGAGACCAGUUAGAGGGAGAAAAUGUAGAGACACUCAUUAAAGAGAACACGGCUUUAAGUGACCUUGUCCAGCAGUGUGGAGGUGGAUAUCAUGUGUUUAAUAAUAAAGAGCUGAGAAACAGAGAGCAGGUCAGUGAGCUACUGCAGAAGAUAGACAGGAUGGUGGAGAGGAACGGAGGAACCUGUUUCUCUAAUGAGAUAUUUGAGGACGCAGCCAGACUCAGACAGGAGGAGGAGGAGAGGGUGAGGAGAGUGGGAGAGGAAAGAAAACAGAAAAAGGAAGAAAAAGUAAAGAGAGUGGGAGAGGCAGUGCAGAAUGCAGGGGGAGGUACUAGCUCAGGUUGGCAUAUUUUUUAUAUGAAAUAUGAGAAAUUGAUUCUUGCAGCUCUUAUUGGUGUUAUUGGUGUUGGUGCUUGUCUUGGUGCUGGUGCUGGUGUUGGUGCUUGUGUUCGUGCUGGUGUUGGUGCUUGUGUUGGUGCUGGUGUUGGUGUUGAUGUUAGUGCUGUUGGUGCUAUAGGCAUAAGUGUUUAUUAUUUGUCUGAUUCUCGAAAAAAGUACAUGAUCUGAAAUAAGACUUGUGAUUAGAAUGUACACCAGACCUGGUUGCUCUGUCUGAAUUAUUCUCUCAUAUUAAAUCAGAUUUCAUUUAGAUUGUUAUACUGAAUUCUACAAAUCCUGUCUAAAUCACCAAUAACCUGUAAAAUGUUUAAUCCUGUGUACUGUAAUAAAAUGUGUUAGUGAACACUGUAGAGUUCAUAUAUAUAGUCUUUAUAUAAUCAGUGAGAAUAAUAAUAAUAGGUGUUUAUGUGUGAGUAGAAUCUAUAUUCUGUUUCUUUUCCUCAGCUGUGCAGUGGCAGGAUUACGGCCAGUGUACAGAACAGAAUCAUUUUAAAUCUGUAUCUUAAUAAAUGUGUCAAGUCUCACAUGAUGUGUACUAAUGAUGUGUGCACUAAUAAAACAUUACUGUCAGUA